GAAGCGGUGGUCGCGCGACGCCUCGCGCAUAGAGGACGACGAGACAGAGGAACACGGUCUAUAUAAGCAGCGCGAGAGCUCGGUCGAGCCGGGAUUCCACGUCAUGGCGAGCCAGCGACAGAACGCGCGUGGCAGGCUCCCACCGAAGCGCCGGCGUUCCACUCAAUCCGGUUCCUUCAGGCCGAAACCUCUCGAGCAGGCCGCGAAAGACCGGGUUUCCUCAAGAUCACCGACACUCGCCGAGGACGUCGCCUCGAACGCGCUUCCGGCGACGAUCCCGGUCGAGGACGACGAGUGUCCCUGCUACCAGCUCCCGCCGAGGGACGCCGAACUCGCCACAGCGGUGUCGGACAGCGACGCCCGAAGCAACUCCUCCAAGCAAAGCGCCCUCGCCGAAGACCUCGGCGCCAUGCUGGGCCACGGCCGCUACCAGCUCGAGGCGCUCUUCUGCGCCGCGUGCGCCCACUUCGUCAUGCUCUGCCACAACCUGCUGCACAACGUGGCCGCGCCGCACGUCGACCACUGGUGUCGCCCCCCGGCCGAGUACGCCAACCUGACGCUCGCCCAGUGGCGCUCCGUAAGCGAGCCCGUCGACGACCGGGGACAACCCCGGCGGUGCGAGCGUUUCGUGCCGCCGCUCUCCGUCCUGGCGGCCAACCGCUCCACGCUGCCCUGCGACUCGCUCGCGUACGACGUCUCGGCGUACGGCCGCACCAUCGUCAGCGACUGGGGUCUCGUCUGCGAGCGCGGGUGGCUGCUGUCCGCCUCGUUCGUCGCCUACAUGUGGGGAGCAGCGCUCGGAGCACUGGCCGUCGGUCAGUUGGCCGACAAGGUGGGUCGCCGGCCGGCCGCCCUGGUCGCCACGUUCGGCCUCCUCUGUUGCGGCCUGGGCGUUUGCUUCGCCGAAACGUUCCUGGCGUUCGCCGCGCUCCGCUUCGGCGUGUCCGCCUCCGUCUGCGGCGUCCAGGUGACCACGUACGUGCUCUUGUUCGAGGCGACCGCGCGCGCCCGACGCACCCUGUACAGCGUCCUGGCCACGGGCGUCGGUCUGGCCUUCGGUCCCGUCUGCAUGUACGCGCUGGCUGAGCUGAGCCGCAGCUGGGUGGCGACGCAGGUGAUCAUCAUGCUGCCCACGACCCUGCUAGGCGUCGCCGUCCUCUACACCACCGAGGAGUCUCCGCGGUGGCUGCUCGCCGUGUGCGACUUGCAGCGGGCCGAGAGCGUCGUGCUUCGGGCGGCGAGGCUGAACCAAGUCAACGUGCAGGACGCGCUCAACGACUGGCGUUUGCGGACUGCGCAGGCGCCGCCGUUCUCCGUCCCGACAUUCAGGAAGGACCUCGAGACGCGGGUGCGAGGCUGCUGCGACGCGUUUCGCUCGCGCCUCCUGCGUCCGGUCGUCGGCGUGCUCUGCUGGUGCUGGUUCGUCGUGCUGCUCUCCUACUACAGCCACGCGCUGAUGCGAGCCAGGGUCGGCGUCGUCGACUUGUUCUCGCUCAACCUCGUCGUCAUCGCGCUCCAGGUGCCCGGGUCGGUGGCGACGUACCUGUCCAUGCGGAGGCUAGGUCGCAAGUCCACCCUGUGGCUUCUGCUCUGCCUGCUCAGCUUCGUCGCCGGAGUGGACGCCGUCGUGCUGUCGGCGCGCGGAGACCGCGACCACGCCGUCCUGUUCCUGUACGCGCUCACCGGAGCGCUGCUCAACCAGCUCAUCAUGCUCCUGUUCGCGUACAGCGUCGAGGCCUUCCCCACCGCCAGCCGGAGCGUGGCCGUGUCCGGGGCCAAUUUCUGCGGUCGGCUGGGCGCCGCGUCGGCGCCGGCGUUGGACAGGCUCCUGGGCGUCGCGGGUCUCGGAGGCGCCGUGCCCGAGAUGGCGCUGCUAAGCCUAAUGGCGGCGAUCACGGGUCUCGGGGCGCUGGCUCUGCCCGAUACCAUGUCGCUGACGAUGCUGGAUCGCCUGGAGGAAGAAGCGCGUUCCACCAAGCGCUUCCUGCGUGCGCCGCCUAACUUGGCCAAGGCUUCGACGGCGGGCGCGAACUGAAUGCCUCGACGGCAGCAACCGUGCACCAAGUCAUCAAGCCCCACUGCACUCUGGUCGUUUCUUUUCCUUCGUCGCAGUCAGCUGCCACAGAAUUUAUAGUUCCAAAUUCUGUUACACCAUCCAGGCGCCUAACGACCGUGUUUGAGGCUGAACUUGGCGAUAUUGCAGCGGUAGCUUGAGCGGCGAUGUCUGUGCGCAUUUGAGAUCACGUCUUCAUGCAAGCCAGACUCGACGGCGGCAAUUUGAAAUGGAGGUUAGAAUUCCGACCUCGGCUCCAUGGUCCUGGUGGGGGCCCCAUGUAGUUCUGAAGAAACGCUUGUAGGAAACUGCUUCCUCGGUUCUUGCAACUAUUUUCGGAAGAAAUUAUCGUGUUUUGUUGUAAUUUACCUUACUGACACUUUCUUUUUUGGCUACGUAUUUCCAAAGAUACCAUACCAAAUGCAAAGUUUUUUAAUUAUUGGGAA